UAUGGUCACGGACUAAGAUAAAAUCAUGAUUAAAGAUAAUAUAUCCAACCAGUAUACACAGAAAUAUAAAUAUCUUUAUUCGUGUUUCAAACUGAAUCAGAAAAUAUCUCUUUUCAAUUUUUUGACUACUGCAAUGCAGCUGCUGCCUCAAUAUUUUUAUACAGUUCAUAAUAUUACAUCACACGUACUGACUACAACUGUCUGGCGGUACUGCUAUUUACUAACACUACUACACUAGUAACACUCAACAGGUAAUAAUUAUCAGCAAGACAAGUAACAAGUAACAUUUAAAUUUUAAAAGUACUAUUUACUAUUAGAUUGGCACGAUUAAUAAUUAUUUUUCACUAGAAACUAAUAAAUUGUAAUUUUUGACAAAUGUAGUUAUAAAUUAUCCGCCAUCUUCAUGUGUUUUACCGACCACUAGGAUCAUCCAGUCUAACAACCAAUCCUCCAGGUUUCUGUCAACUGCUUUUGUCUUCCAAUCUGGGCCACUGUUCGACGAAUUAUCUACUAUACGAACAAUAAUUUAGUGAACCUUCUACUUAAUUUUAAACACCUACUUAUAUAUUUUUAUCGAAUUAACUCAACUAUAUUUGCUCAGUCAUAAUGGAACAAUAUCAUCGAAAAUUGAUUAACGAUUGUAUGUCAGAAUUAGUUUAUGUUACUUCUAAUUUAAAUGCUAUUGUGGAUAAUCUAUUAGAAAAAACUGUAAUCAAUGAAUGGAUGAAAGAUUAUAUUUUGGAAGAUGACGGAGAAUCAGACAGCAAAACAAAAUUGUACGAAUUAAUUCAAGGGCGCGGGCCUCAGGCAUUUACAGCUUUAUGCAAAGUAUUAGAAGAAACAGGCAAUCUAGAAGCUCGUGACAUUUUAACUUUAUACCAAACAAGGAAGGAAAAGGAAGAGCAAUUAGACAAAACAUUUGACAAAAUGAUUUUGAAACAUGAUGACUCUUAUGUCAAAAUUCAUCCUGAACGAAAACGCAUGGAUAAUUAUGAAGACAAUUUAAAUCCUCGUGCCUAUACAAUGGGAUCAAAUCCUAAGGGCCAUGCAUUGAUUUUAAAUAUUAACAAUAUAAAAGAUAGAAAAGAAAGACUAGGAUCAAAAGUUGACAUGGAAAACUUAAAGAAAUUAUUUAAAGGCCUUGGUUAUAUUGUUCACCCUAAAGAAGAUUUAUCUGAAAAAGAAUUUAAAAGUGUUAUUAAAGAAUUCAUUAAUAUAUGCCAUACUGAAAAAGCUAGCUCUAUUGUUGUUUUUAUAAUGAGUCAUGGUGAAGCUGCAAAAAAUACAAGAUCAGCAAAUAUAAUAACGGCUGAUGGCAAUAAAAUAAAUACUGACUGGAUAAUUGAUCAAUUCGUACCAAAAAAAAAACCAACCAUAAGUAUUCCAAAGUUGUUUUUCAUUCAAGCUUGUCGAGGAGAGAUUAGUGAUUUUGGUUGGAAAUAUUGCGAUGGUGAAAAAAAUGUAGUACAAACAGACAGUACUACCAUUUCUUCGACCGGAUCAAUGUAUAACCGACGUUAUAAAGAUAUAUUCAUAGCAUUUGCAACUGUUCCUGGGCACACUGCAAUACGUGAUCCGAUAGACGGGUCAUGGUUUGUACAAAAGUUGUGUGAAGUAAUUCGUACAAAUGCCUUUAACAAAGAUUUGGCUUCAAUGAUGCUAAUUGUGGAUGCUGAAGUAGAGAAACUUAGUAGCACCCAGUAUGGGUAUCAAACAUUAGAAUGGUCAUCUAGAGGUUUCAACAAAAGGUUUUUCUUUAAUCCGGGGCUGUAUGACGAUAAUUCAGAUCAUGAUUCUUCAAUAACUACUUCAACCAAUCCCACUGAUGUUUGAUGCAGAAUGUCAUUUUUAUAUUUACUAUUUACUCAUUAGUUUAAUUAAUGAUUAAUGUUAAGACUGGAUCUUUUUUUAUAUUUUUAUACAAUUUUUUUUAUUAAAACUGAGUUUAAGUUUACGUUUUUUACUGAUACAUUUUUAAACAUACUUUUUGUAUACCCUAUUCCUAAACAAUAAAUUAAAUUAUAAUACUUUUA